UCUUGUGGUUGUCUUAGCACUGCCCCGUGAACCACCAGUGGCCCAACAGCCCGCAUGACAUCCAAGCAAUAAAUGUACGUCAGUACAUGAGCUUCGCAACAUCCCCAGCUAGCCAAAGCCAAAGCCAAAGCCAAAGCAGACAGCCUAAAAGAAAGCAAACACCUUCCAACCUUCUCCUCCUCUCCUCGCUGAUGCUUUGGUAAAAGGCCGCCAGUAUUCGCUCACAGUUGCAUGUUCUCAUAUGAUCGACAUAACGGUUGCUUUAAAGUUUUCAUGGAUUCCCAAUGAAAAGGAGAUGCCUACUAGCUCUAACCGUUCAAUUCCUUGCGCUUCUUGGAGGAGUUGGUACAUCUAAGACAAACAUCCUAUAAAUACUUAACAGCCUGUGUUCCAUCCAUAACAAGAAUAAUUCAGUGUCUUGAGACAUGGGUACUGUGGCUAGAGUCUACUGCUUGUUAUUGUUAGUCGUAUCCUUCUGUGUUUCUUUAGCUGCUGACCAUGGAACAAAGAAGCUCCCAUCUGCAAUGGUGGUUGGAACUGUUUACUGUGACACCUGUUUUCACAAGGAGUUCUCAAAGCCUAGCCAGUUCAUAGCAGGUGCUUCAGUGGCAGUUGAAUGUGGGGAUGGUGCUACCAAGCUUGGCUUUCGGAAGGAGGUGAAGACUAAUCGGCGUGGAGAGUUCAGAGUUCGACUACCUCUUGACAUUGGCAAGCACAUAAAAUUGAUUGAAUCUUGCUCUGUGAAGCUAAUUAGAAGCAACGAGCCAUUCUGCUCCAUGGCUUCCUCUGCCACUUCCGCCGGGCUUCGUCUCAAGUCUAGAAGGAAUGGUGUGCCCGUCUACUCAGCUGGGUUCUUCACCUUCAGGCCUUUGAACCAACCAGAACUCUGCUAUCAAAAGCCAGUUCUUGGAGACCAGAAGCUUGAUCAAUCUUCGUUCUUCUUUCCUCCGGUUCCAUUUGUUCCGUCUCCGCCGAACAUUGGUGGAAUUCCGCUGCCACCCAACCCAUUGCAGCCACCACCAUCUCUUCUGCCACCAGUUUUUCCACAGCCACCACCAUCCCUUCUGCCACCACUGGUGCCACAGCCACCACCGUCCCUUCUGCCACCAGUUGUGCCUACGUUACCUCCAUUUCCAUUUCUAAAUCCACCACCACCACCACCACCGGCCUUCCACUUCCCUCCACUCCCGUUCCCUCCAAAUCCUCUGUUUCCUGGUAUCCCACCGGCUAAACCUUCAAAAAAGACCUCCCCAUGAGUGAGAGACUGCAUCUUUAACCAAAAUGUGUUGCCUUAAUUAUCGUAUAUAAACAAAAUGUUAUGCACCUUGUGAGUUUUUGACAGUUGUUUGGUUUUGGAUUAGCACAAGUAAUAAUGUACAUGUAAGUGGAUUGCUAUUUCAAUAAGAAGAGGCCUCCUUCAAGCAGUCAAAA